AUGGAACAAUAUAAUCGAUACGACCGGGGCGACCUAUUGAAGGAACGCUAUCUCAAGGUUGCCGAUAUCAGCGAAGGCUCAUAUGGGUUGGUGUCUCUUGCAAAGGACACCACUCUCGACAACAAGUUGGUCGCGGUCAAAUUCAUUUUUCCUAUUGACUAUAAGCGAACCAAGGAGUUGAAAGAGCUUUCAAAAACUGGAAGAGCCACUUCCUCUCCGGCAAAACUUAGAUCCAAUGCCGCCCCUGUUGUCGAGAACCAGCCUUCUCACAACACGACGUUGAAAGCACUCUAUGAAGAGACAAAUAAAGAAAUACGCAUCCACCAAAUUCUUGGUGCUCAUGACAACAUAACAAACUUAAUUGACUACUUCGAUUCCUAUCUUGUGCUCGAAUACUGCCCUAGAGGUGAUUUGUACGAGGCUGUUCAAAAUGGACUUGGGCCCAGCACUUCGCAGGAUAUCAAGGAUGUAUUCAGCCAAAUCCUUGACGCCUUGGUAUUCUGCCAUUCCAACUCGGUAUAUCAUAGGGAUUUGAAGCCAGAGAACAUAUUAAUCGACCAAGACUGGUCGAUCAAGAUUUGCGAUUGGGGUCUUGCCACUACUCAAAGGGUAAUCACCAACAAAGCAGAGUUUGACAUUGGUUCCGAGCGUUACAUGGCUCCUGAACUUUUUGAUACUGAACAAGAAUCUUACGAUGCCGCCAAAGUUGACUUAUGGUCAGUUGGCGUGAUUCUUCUCACUCUUGUCUUCCACAAGAACCCCUUCCAAGUUGCAAACUACACUGACAAGCGCUUUCUUCAAUUUUCUGCCAAUAGAGAAGCGCUCUUUGACUUUUUCAGCAGCAUGACAGGUGAAAUGUUCAGCACGUUGAGAUUCUGCUUGAACAUCGAUCCGACAAACAGAGAUUUAGAAAGCUUGAGGCAUGAGCUAGACAACCUCAAGUUCUUCACCAUUGAUGAGGAGUAUUGGGCAGAACAUUCUGAUGAAGAAGAGAAUGGUUACGAAGAAGACUAUUAUGAAGAGGGUACCGCUACCACCCAAACCAACGAGGGGCCCGAGCAGGUUCUUGAGUCAGAUUCAGACGACGAGAUGUUCAAGUUUGAUACAGAGACAAAGGAGAUCUCACCUCCCGAAGCUCUUGUUGCGUCUCCAGUGUUAGACAAUGGCCCUCAUAUCGUUAUUGAUGACGAGGUUAAACUACUUGAAUCCAAUUCGGAAGCUAGCACAGCGUUGGACACUGACUCAAUCCAGAGAGAUGAUAGCAUGCCGUAUAACCGCCGUGCCGAUGCACUUUUAUCACCCGAUAUGGGAGCUCGCCCUAUUCCUAUCAGCGCAGGGCAAAAGCUCAUCAGAAACACGAGAAAGCCAUUUGGCGUAGCUUCUUACAACAAGGGAGCUUUCAGUACCAGAAAUGGCUUCAGUCACUACGGAAAUUCAGGCAGUGUAAACAGCGGCAGCUUUGGUGCGAGAUUUCGCCGUGAAGACUUCUUCACACCAAGAAGUGUCUUCAAUCACUACAUGGACAAAUAUGGUGAGCAGCGCGAGCAUGAAAGGUCAGAAAAGGAUAAGAAAAGAAGAUGGAAACGUGGUCGCAAGAAGCAAUCAUGGAAGCGUGGCAACGGCUACGAUGGACACCGGAAUGGUAACCUGCUUCGCAACACUUCCAAGCGUCAUAACCAUUCUUCUGGACAUCAAUACAAUGACUCCGGUCGACGGAAGUAUGUUCCAGGAAAGAGACGCACAAGACCGGAAUCGAUGCAAUCUCCACUGUUACAGCCACAAGGAACCACUCGUGCAAAUGGCAAGUAUGUGCCUCCAAACUUAAGGUCUCCCUUGGCCAAAGCUACUGAUCAUCUCGCCACAGAAGUUGAUAGCAUGAACUUGAACGACGAUCCUGUGUUUCAACUUGAAGGCGACUUCAAUGUGGCUAGCAAUGGUUCGAAUCCUGAACCAAAAGAGAAAGACACCCUCAAUGGAGUUAAGAAGCCUUUAUUCAACACAAUGUACGUUCAGGCUUCGGACUCAAAUGACAGCGCCCGUUCCAGGACUCAUAUGAACGGCAAUGACAAAGGAAAAUACAUUCCUCCAUUCAGAAGAGGUUCACACACUGGUGCCAUGCAACUGGCGAACUCUAAGCCUAUCAACGGAUUCAUGAACGGUUCUCAUCAUGCAGCCUUGCAGGGACAAAGCUAUUUGCAUGAUCGUACAAACUCGUUCAAACGCCGUUCGUUCCAACCUGGAUUCAGCUCAUCGUACGUUAAGUUCCAAAACGAUCUUGACGAGACUUCUCGAAGCGUACCGGGACACAAUUGGAUUGAACAGAGUAAGAAUCGCCCUGAUUUUGACUAG